CUCAGAUAUUCAGUUCUCGAUAUAAUGGAAUUCCCGAUAGAAUAAAUAAUCGCGUGUUUUUUUCACGAGUUUGACGUCAUUUGACAAGGAAACCUCCAAGUCAACACUGUGUAUUCAGCUGCUUCAAUAAAAACUGUUUUCACGGUAAAAAUGUUCAGGAUAAAGCUUACUCAACCUGCAGAUAGGUCAAGACUACGGCUAUGGUCACCAACUGCUAUGACAUCAGCUUAUAAAAUGGUGAAAGAUGAAGGAAUUCCAGUAUAUAGAGCUGCAAAGCUAAAUGGAGUUCCUCUUACUACUUUGAGAGACCGGGUUGAUAAUAGAAUAUCAAUUGAUUGUGUCAAAUCAGGACCCUGCCCUGUGCUUUCUUUAGAUGAAGAAGCUAAAUUGUGUGAACACUUAAAAGAUCUUGCUUCUGUUGGAUAUGGUUACACGAGGGCUGAAGUAGUCAAUUUAGCCUCUGAUUAUGCUGUUUCUUUAGGCAAGAGGAAAGAUGAUCAGCCAUUCACUCUUAAUUGGUUUUAUAACUUCAUAAAAAGGUGGCCAGAACUUAAUGUUGUCCGUCCUUCAAGUCUGUCUGAACAACGUGCUAAAUGUGCCAGUGAAGAAUCUGUCACUAAAUACUUUAAUGAACUUGAAAGAAUUUUACGAAAAUAUGAUUUAUUUGACAAACCGCACCUUAUCUAUAACAUUGAUGAAAAGGGAAUAAAUACUGAAUAUAAACCCCCUAGUGUUGUUAGUGGAAAAGAUUGUAAGGCACAAGUUAUCAUGUCUGAGCGUGGUAAAACUGUCACUAUAAUAGGGGCUGGUAAUGCAGCUGGAAUGCAAAUCCCUCCAUAUUUUUGUUUUCCCUGGUGUCCGAAUGUUAGAUGGUCUCUUGGAAGGAAAAAGUCCUGGUGCUGAUGGUAUCAUGACACCAAGUGGUUGGUCAAAUAGUGUUGUUUUUAAAGAUUAUUUGCAAAAUCAUUUUAUGAAGUUUUGCCAGGGAAGAUCAGAUGACACAAUUCUUAUACUGUAUGAUGGUCAUCGUAGUCACAUAUCAGUAGAUCUUGUUGAAUGGGCUAAACAGCAAAAUAUUGUUCUGUUUGUCUUGCCACCACACACCUCUCAUAUCCUCCAGCCUAUGGACAUUGGAUGUUUUGGUCCCCUGCAACUGAAAUAUGCUCCAGAAUGUUCUAAAUUUGCUAGAACACAUCACAGAGUUGUCACUCGUUAUGAUGUCUGCUCACUUGCUUGCAAGGCGUACUCAUUUGCUCUAAGUCCUUUAAAUUUACAAGCUUCUUUCAAUAAGGCAGGCAUUUAUCCAUUCAAGAACUCGUCCUCUAUGGUUGAACUUUUAAAGUAAAAUCAAACCAUCUGAACUUUACAUAGUUGAUGAUGAAGUGACAGCAUCAGGAGAUCACAAAAAAUCUGAAACAGCAGAAAAUAACUUUUUUGAUAAGAAAGGUGGUGAUGUACAUAUAAAAAUCAUGAAGAAAAAAACGUAAAAGCAUUAAUAGUAUUGUUGGUGGAAAAGCAUUGGAAGGUGAAACUGUAGAAAAAAUGAAAAAAUACAUUGAUGAAAGUAACAGUAAAAUUAGUUCAAAUGAUCCUAAAAAGAAAAAAACUAAAACUCCUAAGAACAAAAAGAAUUCAGCCACCAGCUUCAAUCUUCAAAUAAAUGAUAAACAAAAGCCAGGUCCAUCCAAACAAAACAUUGAACUUUCUGAAAAAUCAGACCUCUCUGAUAGUGAAAAUGAAUCAGAAAUACCUGAUGAAGAUAAGUGUUGCCAAUGUCAUCAAUAUUAUGUAGACAAGCAUUCCCAUGGUGCAAUAGAAUUCACCCACUGGGCACAGUGUGAUAAUGCUACUUGUUCCCACUGGGUUCACCUUAAAUACUGCUCUCCAGUCCGUGUUGUGAGAAAGAAUACAGUGUUCUACUGCAACUGUUGUUUAUAGCAUGUCAACACUGGGCCACCAUACUUAAUACAGCCUCGUUUUGAGAUUUAUCUCGAGUUAUCGAGAAUUCAAGACGCCAUUUUGGAAAUCCUUUUUUUGACAGUUGUUAUAUUUUUUGAAAAUAUUUUUUAUUCGUUAUUUCAUUGAUUGUUAACAAUUAAAAAACUUAAAGAGAAUAUAUUUAUGGAUUCAAUGAUGUAUUUAGAAUAAAGGUGAGUCUUUUUUCCAUUUCUUGUUUUUGCAUUUUAUUGUUACAUUAUCGAGAACCGAAUAUUUCAGGA